AUGUUUUCGUUUCUGCAGCGCAGUUGGGAAUCUGGAGAGGAGGGACAGCUUAUCGAAGAGAUGAUUGCUGGAGCGUUCAGUGACUUUGCCCCGUACGCGGGCGCUGAGCAGCAGCAGGUGCGUUUUGUCCGUCAGCAUACCGAUGGCACCACGGCAACGCUUCUCUAUGAUGAGGACGGCGAGUGGGCGGUGAAUUUAGGGAACCCGCACGCUGGAACUGCGGCGUUUACGACUAGAAGAGACGUUUUGUUUGACCUACGUGCGCGCCUCCCUCUGCAUUGGGGCAAAGCGAACAGCAAUAGCAACAGCAGCAGCAGCGGCGGCACCGUAGCAGAGCCUGCCGCCUCCUCCACUCUCUCCGAUACGCGCCGUGACGGCCUGCGCUUCACGUCCUCCGCAGUUCUGCCGCCCCGCGGCCGACCCGGCAGUGUCGGCGUGCUUGAGCUUCUUUUCGCGCCGGGGUCACAGCGGCGUGGUGCGGGGCUUCGCGUCGGACCCUUCUCGCUGCGCG